CCCACCAGCUGCAAAUCCUUGAAUACCGGCUCAAGCUGAUUGCUGUUAUCUAUUCUGGCAGCAUUUGCCUAGAUUGAAUUUCUUUGAUAUCCCUACAAAUAGGAUCAAUUCUAUUAUUUUGAUUACCGCUACUGUCGCAAAUCCUUCUAUUGCCACGACCGGCCUUUAGUGCCAGGUCGAAUUCGCUUUUCAAAAAGAAAACUACAUUUUAGUUUAGUGUAUAUAAGCCUGUUGGUUUAUUUGACUGCUGACUUGCUAAUAUAGCCACCGCUUGUGCCAUCAUCCUGUACGAAUAGAUAGCUAUUCACUCCGUUUUUAUAAUUGUCAAGCACGCUCAUAAUCUACAAGCCAAUGCCAACUGCUACACAUUAUGCAGCCUUGGCGCAAAAAGUUAUACUUGGGUCAUUGAGUUUAGAACGAAUAGUCAAGGUUCUUGAAAUCGAAGCGCUUGAAGAAUAUAGGCUUCCAUGGACUCCACCUGAAAAGAUCUUGACAGAAAAAUAUGUUCCUCCUGCUCUUGCAAUCACUUUUGGUGAACUUAGUUUCAACUCUUCGUUUAAUACAAUACUGAGAUCCAAACCAAAUGAUCAAGGUUUUACUAUUCAGCCAUCUCAGGCUGCCAACAUCCGUACUAAACUAAAGAAAGGCUUGCAUUUGCCUACACCUAUUGGUGAAGACUAUACCAUUCUAGACAAUUCGACUCCCACUGAGGCUGGAUCUCCAUUUUAUGUUGGCUCGCAUUUGGUUGAAGAAGGUGCAGAGUUAAAAUCAUCAAAAAUGUUUUCAAAACCCAAUGUUACAUCAAACAGUACGUGUACGAGCUUAACUGGCGAUAUUGCAUUAGUUAAAAAGGAUCGUCCUCACCCCAUUACUCCCAAGUCUCAGCUAUCUACUCCUUCUCAAACUUCCCCUACUACAUCUUCCAACAGUGAUGGGCAAUGUCCACCCACUCCCGUAUCAACUACCCCUGCACCAUUCAAUUGGCAAAAUCUCCGCAGAGAUACUGCGACUUCAUCUGUGAAAUCUAGUGCUGCAUCGGCUCAUCAUGCAUCCUCCUCGAUGCAUCAAUUGGUCAAGCCUAAAACAGCACUUUCUCAAACUCAUUCUACUCUGACCAAUACGUAUCAUGAGGCUCGAGCCGUUUUGGACAGCAAUCCCAACUAUCAAGGAAAACUCAUUCGUCCUCGCGGUCUCAAGAAUGGUGGAAACAUGUGUUUUAUGAACGCAAUUCUGCAGCCGCUCAUUCACUGUCCACCUUUUUAUAACUUUCUCAAAAUGUAUGAAAAUAUUUUCAAGCAUUCAUUUAAAAGCACAACUCCUCUGAUAGACUCUAUGCUUCAACUUCUCAACGAAUUCAAAGAAGAAGAGCCAAACACCAUACCACUCCCUCCAGCUACAAAAGACUAUCGCCCAUUUGUUGGAGAAUAUGUGUAUGAUGUUCUUCGAAAAUCAAAGCACAUUGAGUCUCAAAAAGGCAGACAAGAAGACGCCGAAGAGUUCCUUGGGUUUCUGUUAGAGGGACUUCACGAGGAACUGCUACGCGUUGAUAAUGCGCAAGAAAAAGCUCGUGAGAGUCGUAGCAUGGACUCACAUAGACUAUCCAAUGGCAUGAUUGCUCCUCAGACUACUUCACCUACUCGUGGGGCUAUUGUUGAUGGUGAAUGCACGAUCACAGCCGAUACGUGGAUGGAAGUAGGUAAAAAGAAAAAAGUUCAGCCUACUCGCACUGUUCAAGUCAAAACCACUGCUAUUGCACGUAUCUUUGGAGGCCAAAUGCGAUCUGCUGUCAAGAGUUUUGGUAGCAAGGACUCGACUACAUCAGAGCCUUUUCAGGCACUACAACUUGAUAUUACUUCGCCUACUGUCAACACGAUUGAGGAUGCUUUGAGAGAGCUUACUCUUCCCGAAGUUAUUGAAGGCUACACGAGUUCGGAACAUCCCGACGUUAGCUCGAAUGCGACCAAACAGACCUUUUUGGAGGUUCUACCUGCUGUAUUAAUCCUGCACUUGAAGCGAUUUGUUUAUGAUAGUGUGGGUGGUACUCUAAAGGUCUCCAAGCACAUUGCAUAUUCGACCGAACUUAAAAUCUCGACCGACAUCUUGGCUCCCUCUGUACGAGCCACUCAGAAUAAUACAAAGUAUCACUUGUUUGCAAUUGUAAACCAUCAUGGUAAGCGUGCUGCAGGAGGACAUUAUACCUGCGACGUACUACGACAGAAUGAAUCGUGGCUUCAUAUUGAUGAUAGUGACAUUAGCAUGACUACAGCCAAGGCAGUCACAUCAGAGCGUCGCGACGGGCAACCUUAUAUGUUAUUUUUUGCCAAGAGUUGAAUGACUACAAGCAAAUGAUUUUCUAAAUGGGUGCUUUUUGCGUAUUUUUAAUGUCUUGUCGACCAUUGUAUAGCAGAACUUGCUGGUUUUACCAAUGUUGAUCUGUUGAUGAUAUUUUGAUAGUGUUACUUUGUUGGGAUUUAAUCUUAAACUUUCUUUAUUUCAACAUCUAUAUUCCCCUUUUUUGAUCGUUAUGUCUGCAUGGUUUCAUAUUUUAUGCAACUGGAUGGGUGGGCUGAGGCUGGAUAGAUUCUUAAAUUAGAUCAAGAAGUUACUAUCAUUUAAAUGGACAAUUUACAUGGUAAAAAGGUUAUUGGUCUGCAGUUAGUUUCCUCUGCCGGGUUUAAAAUUGCGUGGUUAAACUAGCCUCUUGUUCUUUGUAUUGUUUUUUUUUUGAAUAAAACUGAUGCUCGAUCAGAAUAUGCAUGCGAU